GAUACAUCAAAAUACAACAUUUCGAAAAGAAGAGAUAACCGAUCGAAAAAUAAAACUGAUCAACAGCUAUGUCAAUCUCGGAGUCUCAAUCAAACGAUCUACGUGUAUUGGCUCAAGCAUUUAUUGAUGCGGGCUUCUCGAUGGCGAAUGACAGUCAGAAUAGAGGUUUCGCGUCUACUGAAGAAGUUUUGUCAACCGACGAGUUGAACGCCCAUAAAGCUGUCCUGCUCCAAAUUGAGACGAGCCUCCUACCACAAGUGCGACAGCAAUUGGCCGAUUUGCUGAAAUCAUUUGACAUUGACGCCGCCGACCCUGACCCGAGGGGUUGCUUGGAGAUCCUACCUACCCUUGAGACCAACAUCAUUCGCCUUAACACAGCAAUCCAGUUCCUCGCACCGUUGGACCCACAUCGAUGGUAUCAUGCUAGCCACAUAGAUUGUAGUUACGGCGUUUUGAAAAAAUUUAGAAUCGCUUAUCUAGGGCGAAAGUAUAAAUACUUUGUAUCUUACCCGCUCUUCUCGUUACUUCGCGCUUAUGAAAAAUGUCUCCUCGCAGAAUGGUUCCCUUGGUCUCACCACAAGGAUAUUAUAGUUGGAAAGACUGAGAAAUGCUUGCAUAUUAUCGAUGGGAUGAUGAGAUUGUCUAAACGAUCUGACCACGACAUUAUUCAAGAACGUUGGCAGGCAUACUUGAAGUUCUUCGACAGCCUUCUGACAAAGCAAACCGAACGUAUCAAUCAAACGGAUAGGCCUAUACAACCACAACUCCUCAGUCUUUUCCAAGCGAACAUCCCUAUCAUAAAGUUAAUCAGAAUUUUCUACAGGAGAAUAACGACAACUCCAGCCAGUAAACAAAGCAUCACAUUUGGUGCCCAAAUGAGCUCAUGGCAGAUUUUAUCGUUGCAAUCUGAAGUGUCCAGGAUUUAUAAAUCUCUUCUGAGAGUGUCUUACGCGAUGGACGAAUUGGACGAGCACGGGCAAACAGAAUACAGCGUCGGAAAACUUAGGAGAUGGAUCAAUGCGCCUGCUGAGCACUUGUAUUCCUCUGCAGCUUUCAUAGCCAGUUACUACGAGCCUUCAACGUCCGGGCUUGCUUGCCAUCCACCCGAAAAUCUCUUCAAAUCUCUUUUUUUGGACUUACUUACACAGUUCCGUGUGGCUAGCACAGAGAUCCUAACACUUGCAAGCAAAUUAGCGCCCUCGGUUUAUGCUACGGAAUACUUCAACUUUCAGAACCCUUAAUUCACUUUUUCAACUAUCACUGCCUGUUGUUUUGCUUCUUAUCCAUAGGCAUUUUAACAUCUCUAUUCCUCAUUGUGUACUAU